UCCUCCCUGGCCACGGCCGCGCUCUGACGUGCACACCAUGUGACAGGCUCCCUUUUGCUAUAAGCCCAGGGAAGGUCCGCCCUCUCCUGGACUCAGACCCGGCCUCUCCGCGCUCUGCGCCUCGACUCUCGCGCGUCCUGUCUGGCCACUCGGACUCGCCCGCCCCGGCCCUGCCACCAUCACCCUGCACCCCUUCGCUGAACCGGCCGAAGGCGCUCUGGGAGGAGAAGGUCAAGUCCUUGGGGCCGGACUGCUGCGCGUAAAGCGCAGGCGGCGCGGAGGUCGCGUGACGCCCGCCGCGGCGGCGAGAGAGUUGCAAAGUCACAGGGCGACCCCGGCCACCGCCUCGCCCCCAGUGUGGCGCCCCCGGACCGGGCAGGCCACCCGAGUCCAGGGCUGGGGCGCACGGGGAGCCCGGACUCCGGCGCCCCUAUGCACCGCCCCACCGCGCUACAGCUAUGACCCUGAGCACGGAGAUGUCCGAUGCCUGCGGCCUCGCCGAGGAAACAGACAUCGACGUGGUGGGGGAGGGAGAGGACGACGACGACGAGGAAGAGGAGGACGAGGACGAGGGCGGCGGCGGCGGUGGGCCCCGGCUGGCCGUGCCCGCGCGGCGGCGGCAGCAGCGGCGGCGGCGGCGGCGCUCGUAUGCAGGCGAGGACGAGCUGGAGGACGUGGAGGACGACGACGACGACGACGAUGACAUCCUGCUGGCCCCGCGCGAGGCGGGCUCCCCCGCGCCCCAAGGCCCGGCCCCGGCGGCGGGGUCCGGGGCCGGAGGGGGAGGCGGCGCGGGCACGGGCGCGGGGGUCGGUGGCGGCGGCGGCGGUGCGGGCGCGGGAGGCGGCGGCGUCAAGAACCCGCUGGUGAAACCGCCCUACUCGUACAUCGCGCUCAUCACCAUGGCCAUCCUGCAGAGCCCCAAGAAGCGGCUGACGCUGAGCGAGAUCUGCGAGUUCAUCAGCGGUCGCUUCCCUUACUACCGGGAAAAGUUCCCCGCCUGGCAGAACAGCAUCCGCCACAACCUCUCGCUCAACGACUGCUUCGUCAAGAUCCCCCGCGAGCCGGGCAACCCGGGCAAGGGCAACUACUGGACGCUGGACCCCGAGUCGGCCGACAUGUUCGACAACGGCAGCUUCCUGCGCCGGAGGAAGCGCUUUAAGCGGCAGCCGCUGCUCGCGCCCAGCGCCGCGGCUGCCGAGUCGCUCCUGCUGCGCGGCGCGGGACCCGCGGGCAGUGCGGGAGACCCGGGCGCCGCCGCCGCCGCUGCAGCCGCCGCCGCGGCCGCUCUCUUCCCGCCCGCGCCGCCGCCGCCCCCGCCGCCGCACGCCUACGGCUACGGCCCCUACGGCUGCGGCUACGGCCUGCAGCUGCCGCCCUACGCGCCGCCCUCCGCGCUCUUCGCCGCCGCCGCGGCCGCUGCUGCCGCCGCCUUCCACCCGCACUCGCCCCCGCCGCCGCCACCCCCGCCCCCGCCUCCGCCGCCGCCGCCCCCGCCGCACGGAGCGGCAGCCGAGCUGGCCCGGACCGCCUUCGGCUACCGGCCGCACCCGCUCGGCGCCGCGCUGCCCGGGCCCCUGCAGGCCUCGGCGGCCAAGGCGGGCAGCCCGGGCGCCUCGACCCUGGCGCGCUCGCCCUUCUCCAUCGAGAGCAUCAUCGGCGGCAGCCUGGGCCCGGCCGCGGCCGCUGCAGCCGCCGCCGCCGCCGCGCAGGCAGCAGCAGCCGCGCAGGCCUCUCCCGCGGCCUCGCCCGCAGCGCCGCCCGCACCGGCCCUCGCGCCCGGGUCGGGGGCCGGGAGCGCCGGUGGCUGCGCGGCGCAGGCGGCUGCGGGCCCGGCCGCCGCGCUCACCCGCUCCCUCGUGGCCGCCGCGGCCGCCGCUGCCUCGUCCGUCUCUUCGUCGGCCGCGCUGGGGACUCUGCACCAAGGGACUGCCCUGUCCAGUGUGGAAAACUUUACUGCUAGGAUUUCAAAUUGUUAAUAGCGCUCUGUCAGCGCGCGCGCGCGCUUGGCAAACAGAAGGUAGGAAACCCGGCUCCUUUCUCCGGCUGGGUGGUUUGGGGGUUCGGUCGGCUCCCCGAGGCGCGCCCGAGUUCGCCACCUCAGAUCUCCGCCCCGGAGCCGGUGCGGGGCUCGGCUCCCGGGUCCCCCUAUUUAUACAAAGGUGCCCCGGUGCCGCCGGGCUGGGGAGGGGG